ACGACGCCGUAUCACUAAACCAUUUUGAAACCCUUGUCGCUCUCCUCAGCCCCCUUACUGCAAGCAUCUACCUCCAAAUCUUUUCUUCAAUGGCGGCCUCGAGAGUGCUCUCCAGAUUAUCUUCUCGGUUACAGCCUGUAGCUCUCAAGAUCAACAAGUCGGCUUCUUUGUCGCAUGAUGCAUCGUUCCUCAAGCCAGCCUCCCAAUCAUCUGUCAAACGCUUCUCCCGAAUCUCCAGGUUACCCGUGGAAUUGAGUGGAGUGGAGACGAUGAUGCCACUGUACAGUGCCAUAGCUUCAGCUCGGCUGAAGUCCAGCUUGUCCAUUGAGUCGCAUAGCUGGAGUUUAGUUCCUCAAGGGAAUUCACUGCCUUUAUGAUGGCACCUUUUGAGUCAAGUCCUGACUAGGCAGGCGGUUUCUUUCUUAGAAGGGAUGUAGGCUACGGAUUCUUGAUAUCUGAAUUUAGACCAAAAACAUUUCUUUGGUCACCUUAAUAACUUUUUCCUACAUCAUUAUUAGUGACUGAUUUCCCAGUUCCUGGCAAGCAUUUUGGUUUGCUGAGUUGUAUACUAAUCUGUAUUUUGCUCUGUCCAAGAGGUUGAUUUAUUCAUACUCAAAGGGUGAAUUUUGGUGAGUAAUGCUGUGCUAUUAUAAAUACCUCAUCAUUUGCUGCUUCAA